CCCUACGCCGUAAUAGACAUAUCCUGAUCUUCAUGAAACCUUCAAGUAAAGCUUAGCCCAAAGAAAAAAAAGAAAAACAAAAUCUGUUACUUGGAAUCCAAAUUUUUUAUUUCUGUUGUUCUUGUUCUCAAACUAAUUCUGCUUCAAUGUCACUACUGAAGUUGCUUAUGCAUUUAUCUCCUUUCUUGGUUGCUCAUUUAUUCGUAUCAGGAAACACAAGUAACAAGACAGGAGUAUACAAUAGGGGAAUGUAUAAAUUAAACAGGACAGAUAGACGUUUUUCAGCACCUGCCGAACCGCCGAUAAUAGCACCAAGCCUUUCCCCACAAGUUAAAAAACCACCAAGCCUUUCGCCACAAAGGAUAACGCCACCAAGCCUUUCGCCACAAGGGAUAACGCCACCAAGCCCUUGGCCACAAGGGAUAACGCCACCAAGGCCUUCUCCAGAAGGGAUAACGCCACCAUGGCCUUCUCCAGAAAUAAGGCCUAAAACUCCAAGAAGUUUGGUACCACUUAUAGCUGGAGUUAUAGGUAGUUUUCUUCUUAUCAUUUCUUUUGUAGUGAUUUUUAUUUUGAGGGCAAGAUGGCGUGGGAAGUCUGAACAAGAUCCGCAGGAUGUGGAAGAUGAUCAUAUAAAGCAUGUUCCAGGAAUGCCUGUCAGGUUCUCAUACCAAGAACUAUACGUUGCAACUGAUAAUUUCAACGAGAGACUUGGAAGAGGCGGCUUCGGGUCUGUAUUCAAAGGAAAAUUGGGAGAUGGAACACAAAUUGCUGUGAAGAGGUUGGAGAAACGAGGCCAAGGAAUGAGUGCUUUUUUAGCAGAAGCCGAGGCAAUUGGAAGUCUGCACCAUUUUAACUUGGUGAGGUUGAUUGGAUUUUGCGCAGAGAAAUCCUCUAGGCUUUUGGUUUUUGAGUAUUUGAGCAAUGGAUCGUUGGAUAAUUGGAUUUUUAUGAAUGUACAAAGAUCUUUCCUUGAUUGGCAGACCAGGAAGAAGAUUAUACUCGACAUAGCAAAAGGGCUGGCUUAUCUUCAUGAAGACUGUCGACAUACCAUAAUACAUCUUGAUGUAAAACCACAGAACAUUCUUUUGGAUUCAAGUUUCCACGCCAAAAUCGCUGAUUUUGGGUUAUCCAAGCUAAUCAAUAGAGAUAUGAGCCAGGUUCAAAUCUCAAUGAGAGGAACACCGGGAUAUCUUGCUCCAGAAUGGCGUCAACCAUUGGGUCGUAUUACGGUAAAAGUUGACAUAUAUAGCUUCGGAAUUGUCCUCCUUGAAAUAGUUUGUGCUCGCAGAAAUGUAGACCAAUCACAACCAGAAUCUGCCUUUCAUUUGCUUACAAUGCUGCAGAAGAAAGCUGAUCAUCAAGAUGGAGUAAUAGACAUUGUGGAAAAUUUGGAUGAAUACACGCGGAGUGAUAGAGAGGAAAUAACGAGGAUGAUAAAGGUUGCUGCUUGGUGUUUGCAAGAUGACCCAGAAAGAAGACCUCUCAUGUCAACAGUUUUAAAAGUGCUGGAAGGUGUUAUGGAGGUAGAUUCAAAGAUCAAUUAUCGGUUUUCGCAUGCAAUGAUAUCUUCUCCAGCUGGUAACAACCAUAUUUCUUCAGCACCUCCUCCAGCAUCUGUUCUUUCCAAUCCUAGAUGAUGUAGUUGUAAAACUCUCUCUUAUGGCAGAAAUAAAAUCUAUCAUGCUUCUUGUCGCU